CAAUCUACUUGGGAUUGCUUCACCACUUAACCAUUCCAUAGUUCCCUUUCUCUGCACUCAAAGAACAAACCACUUCACAAACUUAUACCCAAAUUGAUCCUUCCUCUUCCUUCCACAUCCUCACUAGCUGCUUCCCCUCCUUCUUCUCUCGACUUGUGUUCUUCUCACGGAACAGAACAUGUCCUUUCAGGCACAGCCUCAGCAGCCAGUUCAGGUGUACCCCAUCAGUGUCACAAACCAGCCACCUUCCCAUCAUUCCAAUGGAUCUUUUGGGGCAGUUUUCAUUGUCCUCGCUGUCAUUUUAGUCAUUUCUCUCAUUGCUUGCUUUCUCGGUCGCCUCUGCAGCCGCCGCCGUCCCGGCCCCGAGAGCCAUGGUGGUGGUCAUAGCCAUAAGCCCUUCAAGCAGCAAAACAUGAAUCAUAAUCACGACCAGAAUCAGAACCAAAACCAUCUUUUUCAACCCAAUGAGGGUGAUGUUGAACUUGGGUUCGACAAGAGAAUCCCAACCACCAAACCCAAUGGACCUGGGCAUGGGCCUGGCGGGCGUGGGCUCGGCUACGGAGGCAGAGGACCCAGGCCACUUGUCUUUGGUAGUGGCGGUGGCCGUGGUGGCAGUGAAGAGAAGGGCUUUGAGAUGAAUGGGGGAAAAGGAAGUCUUAGAGGCCACGGGCACGGCCAAGGGCACGGGCACGGGCACGGGCACGGGCAUGAUAGUCCUUGAAGGUUUACCUUGUGAAUGAAUAACAUAAUUGUUCCUAUCAUGUAAUUGGUUUUCUAUUCAAGUUUCUAUGUUCUUCUAGUGUUUUAGAUUUGAACCGAAAGUUUAUCUGCUUUGGUGUGAUUUAUCUGAAUAUAUAUAUAUAUAUAUAUAAAGGAAGCUUACUUUUAUACAUCUAGCAAGUUAGGAUCCAAUCAUCUUAAGAAGAGUGUUUGACCCAUUUUAUGAAUUGUAUGGUUGUUCAUGGUGUGAUAUGAGAGUCUCUUGGCUUUGUUUUUUAUGCAUGAAAGUAUGUGUCACUGUUAUUGAUUUUAUGCAGAAGAUGAUUUUGGUCA